AAAUCUUAUCUAGAUUAGAGCUUUUGAAAGCUAGUUUCUUUUCAAGCCACCAAGCCUUCUUUACUCAGUUCCAAGCCUCAAAAUGGCUUCCAAUCUUCUCAAACUGCAUCUACAAACCAUUAAAACUGCCAAGCCAUCAACCCCAUUUCCACACUCAAAAACUCCAUUGACGUCUCUGCCAUUUCAUUCACACCAAAUCCUUCUACACCAACACCAUUCCCAUGUCUCAUUCUUUCCCCCAACUCUACACCACAAACCCAUAUCAAUCCGCUCCUCACUAUCCUCCUCUUACACCCCACCCACCUCAAAAGAAGAAGCCAUACUCCAAGCAAAAACCUGCCUUUCAACCACCUUAGAGAAGCCCCUCAACAACCCCAAACUAGUUGGUAAACUCAAGAAACUAAAGCAACCCAGGUUCCGGAUUGAAAUACCGGUCAUUGAUGACUCGUCUGCAUCACUAUCCCAACUAGCUUUCAAUGUCUUUCAAGACCUACCCAUUAAAAGAAAAGGCUCUCCUGUUAAGUUGUUAAUCCUAUGGCCUAACCUUACCUUAACAGAAGCUGCAAUUAAAGCCUUCCAAACUCAGAACUCAGCCAACCAAAUUGAAAACAUUGACAUCUCUUCAGUUACUAAUGCUGAUACCAAUAUUUUGAACUCUGCUGACGUGGCAGUCUUUUUGGCCCCAGAGGCUUCACAAUUGGCAUUUAUAAAAACCGUUACCGAGAGUUUUUAUCCAAAGCCUGUGGUGAUUUUCAACCCAAAAUGGGUGUUUGAAGAGGAGAGCAACUUUGGUGAGCUGAGUGGGUUUGUGGGGUCAUUUGAAGUGGUUUAUUCAUUUAUGGGGUUGGAGGUUAGAGGGGUUUUGAGUAAGAGAAAGGGUGUGGUUUUCAAGUGUGUGAGAGAUGGGGUUGUGAGUGGUGAGAAAUGGACUAUUCUUGUUGAAGAAGAAGGAGAAUUGAAAGUGAUUAUGAGGUUCAAGACGCGGCCAUCGAUAGGCGAAGUUGAGAAUGUUCUGUAUAAUUUGAUGGCAAUCAAUUCACCCAUUACAAAGUCUGCAAAGUUUUUUAGGGGUUUGGUUUCUAAUGUAACUGGAAAGAAGUAAGCUAAAUAACUCUGUUUUGAUCUAUGAUUAGGAAUUGAGAACUUUAAGUAGUGUUUGUUGAAUUGCCUGAAUGAACGCAGUUGUGCUUUUACUGACCACUUUUAUAUGUCAAUGUAUGUGCUAUAUUGGUUGCUCUACUGGUUAUAUGAUAUAUGACAAAAACUUGGAUUGGCAUUUUGAAUAUAGAAUGAUGGGAUCAUGUUUUGA